AUGGAGAGCCUCGUCCUCGCCUCCUCCUGCUCCGCGUCUCCCCGCCUGCCCCUCCUCUCCGCCGCCAGCCGCCCGUCGCGGCCCCUCUCGGCGGCGCCGCUCUCCGCUGGCGCCGGGCGGAGGGGAGCCAGGCGGCCGAGGCUCGUCGUCUCCGCCGCGUCCCGCGGAUCUAGGAACGAUGGAUUUAACACAAAGGGAUUUGCAAGCAUAUCGUCUUCAACCAGCACCGAGAAUACAUCGACGGGAACUGGCACCGUGCCUCCCAUGCCGCCUCCCUCAUCAUAUAUUGGUUCACCUGUUUUCUGGAUUGGCGUUGGUGUAGCAUUAUCUGCAGCAUUUUCCAUGGUUUCUUCGAUGGUAAAGAAAUAUGCAAUGGAACAAGCAUUCAAGUCGAUGAUGACCCAGGCACCACAAAACACAUUUGGUGCGAACUCGCCAUUCCCAUUCUCCAUGCCACCACAGGCAGGUUCCACGGCACCAAGUAGUUACCCAUACUCAGGACCAAGGAAAAAUACCCCCAAAGGUGCAACUGUUGAUGUUUCAGCUACUGAAGUGGCAGCAACUGGAUCUUCGGAAGCAGCUGAUGUGGCAGAAACAUCGAAGCCUUCAAAGAAAUUUGCCUUCGUUGAUGUUUCUCCCGAAGAGUUGCAAAAACAGAAGGAGCUUCAAUCUUCAUUGCAGACGGUAGAUGUAAAAAGUGAUAGCACUGAAAGUGAAACGAAGGGUGAUACUGAACAAGUAAGUUCCCUUCAGAAGCUUGGUAAUAGGCUCCCUGUACAAUUUGUUGUAAUUAAUACUUUCCGAUGGUUCUUAAAGGUUCCUACAAAUGGUGCUGCUUUUAAGCCGAGUGAAGAUUCCUCUACCUGGACAACUGAAUCCAGUAAAUCAGGACCUAUGCUAUCUAUUGAUACAAUUGAGAAAAUGAUGGAAGACCCAGCUGUGCAGAAGAUGGUUUACCCCUACUUGCCCGAGGAGAUGAGGAACCCAGAUUCAUUCAAGUCGAUGCUUCAGAAUCCGAUGUACCGCCAGCAACUGGAGGAUAUGCUAAACAACAUGGGCGCAUCUCCUGGUCAAUGGGAUAACCGCAUGGUUGAUCACUUGAAGAACUUUGACCUUAGCAGUCCUGAAGUUAGGCAGCAGUUUGCUCAAGUUGGCAUGACUCCAGAGGAAGUUGUAGCGAAAAUAAUGGCGAACCCAGAAGUUGCUGUUGCAUUCCAGAAUCCAAAAAUUCAAACGGCCAUCAUGGAUUGCUCGCAGAACCCUCUGAAUAUUGUAAAAUACCAAAAUGACCAAGAGGUCAUGGAUGUUUUUAUGAAGAUAUCGCAAAUCUUCCCCCAAAUUAAUGGCUAG